AUGCAUUCCUCAAUAUGUGACUUAUCAUCCUCGGAUAGCCAUACUAUGGCUGUCAACAACAUUGCCCUCAGUAUCAUGGACAUUGUCGCAGGAUACGAAGGCAGGAAUUCUCUUGUUAUACAUAUCUUUAACAUAUGUCUACAGAUCCAGACGGCAAUCGUUCCUCUACUUGGGCGACAAAGUGUUGAUUUGAACCACAACGCUCAUCAGUGCCUGUGCGCCCUGAUACCAACCCUCGAAUCCACACGAAAGCACUUGGAAAUGUGGAUCGUACGACGCACGCAUAGUCUCGUUUCCGGUUUCAACCCGUGGCUCCUAGCACACCGACUGAAGGAGGAUAAGAAGCAUCUGCUUCAGCACUACAUCACCCUGAUGACAGCAUUGCAAGUCGUCGAUAGGAUUCGGGGGUACAACUUCGUUUCUCCGGCUGCAAGUGUACUUUCAUUCCAGGAUCAGGAGGUCCGCCAUCGACCCCGGCAGCGACCACCGCCUACAGACAUUUCCACCGACAUGUUCCCGGAGUCCGAAGCCAAAGAGUUCUGGAAAAAUAACUUUGAAGGCGAACCCAGUUCAGUGGAUAGUAGUAACUUCCGUCAAGUACUUUCGAAAUGGUUAGGAAGGACCAUAGAUGAUCCUGCAUAUCAUCGCCUUCUGCUACGUCUGGACCUUAACAAUGAUUCCACGAUCCACUUUUCGACAUUCUAUGACCUCGUGAGGAACGGCAAAAUGAAAGAUAUUAUUAACUCUUACUUGGCAGACCCACGCCUACCCCUGUUGAUUUGGAUCGACGAGGACGUUCGGGGAAAUACCGAUCGGGUGUUUGAAGCAACAUCGUAUGGCGUAACAGUUGUUCAACUCGCCUCGAUAUCUAGCGCCAAAACCUGGAUAGCAACAAACCACGACUUUUUGAUGCAAAAUGACGACCCGUCCAACAUUCGAUUUAUUAUAAGCCAAGCCUGCAAUGAUUCGUAUUUCAAGGUGCUCGACGUCCCGGAAGCAGCAUGCGAAAACGGAGGCUCCGACUUUAUGUUGCGAUACAUCCGCAAUGAGGGUUUCGCUUCAGCGGUUCUCAUAUACUCUCCCGAGAAGACAAUCGAAUCCACCGCAUACGUAGAGGACGACCAACUCCAUAUGGCAGGAUCGACCACGCUUACGUCUUCCGUUUACAAGGAAUAUGUUGCUGCUUUGGGUGAAAGACGAAAAGAUGAUGUAGGGUGGAGGAAAUAUAACGCCACCUCACGGUGA